AUGGCACACGAAGUGGCCGAGAAGGCCCUAAAAGGUGCCAUGUAUUUUACAUGCGGUUUGCGUAAGGCGCAAGCAGCGAGUCACAACAUCAUCCCACUGGCAUUUGCAGUGGAGCAAGUUGAAAAAGACAGAGCAAGGGGUCUUUCGAUACUAGCUGAGCCACUGGAGUCUGCCUACUAUGAAGAUACAAGAUUCCCAAAGGAGAACGAAACAUCCUCGCCAUGUGAAGCAUUUACUCUUGCAAAUGCCAUUGAGGCUGAAAAGUGUGCAACAGGAAUACUCAAGAUUGUCAGAGACCUGGUUAAUAUAGAUAUUUAG